AAGAACCAAUCUCAUGGAUUCUGUGGAGUUUGAACUCGUCAUGUCGAUGUUGGAGAAAUGGCAUCAUGAGCCAUCGAAGGUUUGGUAAGUUAUCUUCGAGGUCACGGAAAACAAACUUGUUAGCUAACAAGAACUUUUUCACUUUAGAUUUAUAUGUGAUAGACAAAACUUAAAGGGGCAAGUUCUUGAUAGGGUCUUUCUAUUAUUAGCAGCUGCCCAAGAAUUCUUCCCUGUUCCAUUUCUCAGAUGGAUUUGUCUGAAGAUGCAAAGUUUUACUUGGCAAAAGUUUGGUGAUUGUAGUAGAGAAUGCUUUUGAUUUAUUAGAGAAUAGAAGAUAGUUCGAGAGGAAGUUUAGUUAGCUGAUAAUAAUGGAUGGUUUAGUGGCAUAAAGAGAAAAUCUGUGUGUCAGAAUUCGUUCAGACGUACACAUUAUUCAUAACUACCAGUAGCCAUCCGAUUAGCAUUCUGAGGGAGAGGAUUCGCACAACCAACUGAAAAUCUUUCAGUAGGCUCAUUUGCAUCUGGUAGGACAUAUUCCUAUAAUGUGGACAAGCAUAAUCCUGUUAUGGUAUGUGGUCCCUUUUGGGUUUCAGUUUCAUCUCCUUAACUGAAGGCCGUUGCCAUUGAGGGGCUGAGCAGCAAGAGGUAUGGCAGAGAAGAGCUUCUUUGGUAUAUUGGACAUUGAGCUCUCCAGUAUGGACGAGACACUAGGUGCCAUGCUGUGAAAGAAGAUGACAAUUUGCAAUUAUGAGAACAAAGUUCUCCUUUGGCUUUCGUUCACCUAAAAUGCUGUUUUGAGGGCUGAGCAGCAAGAGGUCUGGUAGAGAAGAGCUUCUUUGGUAUAUUGGACAUUGAGCUCUCCAGUAUGGACGAGACACUAGGUGCCAUGCUGUGAAAGAAGAUGACAAUUUGCAAUUAUGAGAACAAAGUUCUCCUUUGGCUUUCGUUCACCUAAAAUGCCGUUUUCAAGCAGGAAGUUUUGCUGAUGUGGCAUCCCACAGGUGUAGAUAUUAAAUUAAAUGACAUGUUAGUUUGAGGUUUUCUUCCCUGAUAAGUAUAAGCUCAGACAAAAUAAAAGACAGUGGAGUGAAUUUGUCUUAAGCUGCUCAGAUAAAGUGGAUAUGUCUUCUUCCAUCAUACUUGGUCCUAAAUAUUCACUGUGGCUUAACCAAUGUAAUCAGUGCAAAUAACUGUAUUGAAUAAAAGUUUGGAAGCAGAGAACUUAUCACAUCAAAUAUUUCGCAAUAACAGACUGUAUGAAGUUAUGGGCUCCUUAUUUGUUUUCUAUUACAUUUUAUCAUCAGGGAUGACAUCUGGGUAAUACUAACUCCUUUUCUUUAAUUUAAUAUUAUGGAUUAAUUCACAAAAAAAUCAUCACUCUUUAAUUCAGAUAUCUCCUAGUAAAAAGUGCAGACCGUAUUACCUGUCUACUGGCCAAGGCACCUGAACCAUUGCUUGUGAUCGGACAUUUCUUAAGAUGAUGAACUCUGCUUGGCCUCAUCCUUGCAUGAGUUUCUAAGAACAAAGAAAUUGCAAAUGUUAAAGUGUGGGGAUAGGUCCUUUAAAUUUGCAAAAUUAUAUAAAUGUUCAAUCAUGUUGACCUUGAUAUCAUUUGAACUUAACUUAGAUCUCUAUUUCAUCAUUGUAUGCAGUACUGAGUAAUAUUGUAGAUAAGAUGUGCUACUUGUUGUUGUUGUGAUAAUAGUGUUAUAACAUUUUUAUAUUCUAAAAGGAAUGACAUUGUGAUAAUAGUGUUAUUACAUUUUUGUAUUCUAAAAGGAAUGACACAGAUGGAUAGGCUCUUUGGUGCUUUAGCAUUCUAUUCUUCCAAAUUUGUGCAAAGUAAAGAGGCUGAUAAGUGAAAAAGAAAGCAUACUGGGCUUUUUCAAUUUUCCAAUUUGGGUUAUUUUUGGUCCAUGUGCUGAACCCUAUGUGCAGGCUCUCUAGCACUAUGUCUAGGUUCUCAAGCACUUGGAUAAGCUAGUCAAAAGAGAGGACUUUUCCUGCUUGGAUUGCAAAAUCAGUUGAUGAUGCCCUACAACUUUCAGAUACAUAUGGGGUUAAAAAAAUGGAUUUUGGUCAUGCAGUUGUUUUGUUUAUUAUGACUGUUAUCACAAUCUUGAUUGAUUGUACAAUUGAAGAUUAUGGCUUGCGAUUGGUAUCCACAGACAAACAUGGCAGUGUAUGUGCUAAUGGUGGAAAACAAGUAAUGGAGUUAGAUGUUAAAGGGAAUUCAUAUGACAAGAGAAAUGAGCAUCGUGAACAUCUACGUAGAACAAAUGCUUUAUUGGCUAUUGAGGUGGCUGAAAAAAUUUCUUCAAAUAAAAAGACAAAAGCUUUUCUUCAUCUCAUCCAUAUCAAUAUGCCUGAGAAGUUCAAUGGUCUUCUUCAGAGACUGCAAACUGUUGAAUCCAAUAUAUUGACAUCAGAGAGUUUCUUAUCACUCAGUCCUAUUUUGAAUAAAUUGUUCAUGAAUAUAAAGAAGGCAGCGAGUACAGAACUCCUUUUGAAUAAGCAUCAGCUUCUUGGAGCUCUAGCUGAUGCUGGGCCAUGUAGCUUGAAUUCAUGUAACAGUUCUGGGGCUGGAAGGGAUGCUUGUUGGAUUCCUAUUGAUAUUCUGAUGGAGAACGCAAUGGAUGGGAAGCAUCUGUAUGCCAUAUCUGCUGUUGAGGUUCUUACAGAAUUGACCAAGACACUUAAAGUAAUUAACCAGGCAAGCUGGCAGGAGACUUUUCAAGCUCUUUGGGUUUCAGCUCUCCGACUUGUACAGCGAGUUGAUCGUGAGCCUCUGGAAGGACCAAUACCUCAUCUUGAUGCAAGAUUGUGCAUGCUACUUUCAAUUGUCCCUUUGGCAAUCGUUGCCGUCGUGAAGGAAGAGCUUGAUAUACGUUAUCCUGUCAACAAUGGCUUUCUGAGAAGCAAUUCACAUGAAAAUGAAGGGAAUAAGUUUUCUUCUAGAAGGCAUGGAUUGAUAUCUUCCCUUAAGAUGCUAGGACAAUUUUCAGCACUUCUCUUACCUCCUCCAUCAGUUGUCAAUGCAGCAAACAAUGCUGCUACAAAAGCAGCAGUCUUUGUUUCAAAUUACAAGGCUGGGAAUAACAAUCUAAAUGUUGUUGGGCUUAAUGAUUCUUCUAUAAAAGCAGUUGGGAAUAUGCUGCAUCUAAUAGUUGAAGCCUGUAUUGCAAGAAAUUUGAUUGAUACAUCUGCUUACUUUUGGCCUGGUUAUGUGGGUCCAUCUGCUUUGUCAAGGGAUUCAACUUCAGUUCAAGAUUCUCCUUGGUCAACCUUCCUUGAGGGGGCUCCACUAAAUGGUUCUUUGAAAAACUCCCUUAUGGUGACUCCUGCAUCUAGUUUAGUAGAAUUGGAGAAGAUGUACCACAUUGCAGUCAAUGGAUCAGAAGAAGAAAAAUUAGCAGCUGCAAAGAUUCUCUGUGGUGCGUCCCUUGUCCGUGGCUGGAAUGUCCAGGAACAUGUUGUGCACAUUGUGGUGAAAUUGCUAUCUCCACCUAUACCUCCUGAUUCUUCAGCAUCUGGAGUUGGGAAUUAUUUAAUUGGCCACAUGUCUGUGCUCAGUGCUAUUUUAUUUGGAGUUUCUUGUGUGGACAUUGUUCAUAUUCUUUCUUUAUAUGGGAUGGUUCCAGAAGUUGCGGCAGCUUUAAUGCCACUUUGUGAGGCUUUUGGUUCACUGACACCUCUUUCCAGUCAUAGAUCAAGCACAUCUGAGGAACCCUCUGUUUACACAGUCUUCUCGUGUGCAUUCCUGUUUCUCAUUCGAUUGUGGAAGUUCUAUAAGCCCCCUCAGGAACACUGUAUAGCAGGCCGUGGAGGCUCCAUGAGGAUGGAACUAACGCUAGACUAUCUUUUAUUGAUGCGCAACAGUCGUAUUACUUUGCAAAACUCUUCUCCUGUCGACAGAACUGUUAAUAACAUGGACCCAUUUUAUUCAUCACCAAGUCAACCAGUUUACAUUGACUCAUUUCCAAAACUUCGGGGUUGGUAUUUCCAGAAUCAAGCAUGUAUAGCCUCCACUCUUUCUGGUCUGUGUAGUAAAAAUCCUGUGCAUCAAGUUGCCAAUAAGAUUUUGAGUAUGAUCUGUCGAAAAAUGUCGAUAACUGGACCUGUUUCUGGGAAUCCCUCGUCAAAUUCUAGUAGCAGCAUAAGUGGAUCACCUGUAAGUACGAGUGACGAUUCUUUCCAAAGGCCAAUGCUUCCUGCAUGGGAGAUUCUAGAAGCAGUUCCCUUUGUUCUUGAAGCUAUUUUGACUGCAUGUGCUCACGGGAGGCUUUCAUCCCGAGAAUUGACGACAGGUUUGAGAGAUCUUGUGGAUUUUCUGCCAGCUUCUCUUGCUACUAUCAUUAGCUACUUUUCAGCUGAGAUUACUCGUGGAAUAUGGAAACCAGUUCCAAUGAACGGAAUUGACUGGCCUAGCCCUUCUCCAACUCUUCUCUCCACUGAAUCUGAAAUAAAAGAAAUCCUUGCCUCUGCUGGGGUUCAUAUUAAGAGCUGUUAUCCACGUGGGAUGCCACCAAUGCUCCCAUUGCCAAUGGCAGCUCUUGUGAGCUUGACAAUAACAUUCAAGCUUGACAAGAGCGUGGAGUACAUCCAUGGAGUUGUCGGUCAGGCCCUUGAGAACUGUGCAACGGGCUGCACCUGGCCAAGCAUGCCAAUCAUAGGAGCAUUAUGGACUCAAAAGGUGCGAAGGUGGCAUGACUUUAUCGUCCUAUCUUGCUCACGCUCUCCCUUCUCAAGGGAUAAAGAUGCUGUUGCGCAGCUGAUAAGAAGCUGCUUCACAGCAUUUUUGGGUCCUUCCGUUGUUGGAGGUUCUCACAUUACAGGACAUCGUGGAGUCAAUGGACUUCUAGGCCAGUUUAUGUCCGACCAGGGUGUCCGGCUACCAAUUGCACCAGGGUUUCUCUACCUCCGGACUUGUCGAACGUUUCAUGAUACCCAUUUUGUCAAUGAGGUGAUUUUCAAGCUGGUCAUUGAGUGGGCACACAAACUGGCAAAUGAGUGGGCCUCUGAUGGGCCUGCCCACCUGAAAUCAAGUCGGAUAUCACUUGCAGCUGCUGCAUCAGGAGUACAGCAGGUGGCAACACUGGGAACGUGCCUUUUGUGUAUUGCAGGUGGUGUGGAGAUGGUGCAGGUACUCUAUGAGGAGACCUUGCCAACAAUGCUACUGUCAGCUGGGGGGGAGAAGUUAGGUGGUGCUGGGCCGGUAUCCAACAUCCUACAAGGCUACGCUUUGGCCUAUAUGCUGAUCUUGUGCGGGGCUCUUGUUUGGGGGGUCGGAAAUACAUCCCCAGCAUACGCAUCGGUGUUCUCAUCAAGGCGAGCCCGGGUUAUAGGAAUCCACAUGGACUUUGUAACCGGUGCUGUGGAGGGCAACAUAAUUCUUCGGUGUGAUCCGGCAACGUGGAAAGCAUAUGUUUCAUGUUUUGUGGGCUUGCUGGUGAAAUUUGCACCAGCAUGGGUGCAUGAGGUGAAGCAGGAGACUCUGCGAAAGUUGGCCAGUGGCCUGAGGGGGUGGCAUGAGUGUGAUUUGGCUUUAUCACUGCUUGAGCAUGGCGGUCCCUCAUCCAUGACAGCGGUGGUGGAAUACAUGUUGUGAUUUAUCCCAUUCGAUGUUGCUUCUGUAGAUUUUAUAGAGCAGAUAUCCUGAUCUUGACACCCGUGUUUCAGGCUGGAGCAGUUUUGUAUCCAAUCCGGUUCAUGUUCCGAUGGCUUUCGGUUGUCUGAUGAACGUGUUUGUGGGGAUGAGUUAUUUGAUAUCAGUUGGUACGUGUUACCUAAAGAGCAUCAAGAUCAAAUUUUUUCUAACCGUCCACUUUGUACAGGUGUUUAAAACAAGUUUUUGAGUCGAAGCUCGACUUAACAGUCUGUAAAGGUCUCUCUUACUGAUGAAGGUAAGAUGUUUGGGCGGGAUUGCGCUCGGUCACCAAAGCGGGCGCAGGCGCACAUAUCUGUUAGAUGAGUAGUAGGAUUGGUUUUCGGUCCAAAGCUUUAUGAGCAAAUUUAGGAAGGAUGUUACUUGGGAGAGAUGACAGGAUCAUAUGUGUAGUAGUAAUGGUGCUGACGUAAUGGUGCUGACGGGAGGAGGGCAUGCGAGUGUUUACAAAGAAAGAAGAAAGAAUUGGAAUCUCUUUUUCUUUUCUUUUAUAAAAUUUAUGAGAAACGGAUAAUGUGGUAAAGACUUUUUGAUGAUACAGUACUGUUUGGUCCAAACAUUGUAAUUACACUACUGAUUACAAUAAAACGUUCAUUUACCACUGAGAAUA